AUGGAUCUUUCCAAAUCGCUUUCUGAAUCAGAUGGAACCGUGUCGGGAAUGACAAGCUCUGUGUUCAACGAGGUGCUCAAAUCCAACCCGUACUUUGCUGCAGGCGGAGGAUUGAUGCUUCUAGGAACGGGAUUAGCGGUGGCACGCCUGACCGUGAUGAAGGGAGCGACCUUUGUGACGCGCCAGAUGUUGGUGGACUUGGAAAUCCCGUCCAAAGACAAGUCGUACCUCUGGUUUCUCGAGUGGAUGGCACAGUACAAGCACCGCACGUCGCGCCACCUUUCGGUCGAGACGAAUUACACCCAGCACGACAACGGUGCAGUUUCCACCAAGUUUUCGCUUGUGCCGGGCCCGGGGAAGCACUUGAUUCGCUAUAAAGGCGCUUAUAUGUUGGUUACCAGAGAGCGUUCGGGCAAGAUGAUCGACAUGACAAACGGCACGCCUUUUGAGACGGUAAAGUUGACUACGCUCUACCGCGACCGCUUCUUGUUCCCCGACUUGCUCGAUGAGGCAAAAAAGUUGGCCUUGAAGGCGCGUGAGGGAAAGACCGUGAUCUUCACGUCCUGGGGCCAAGACUGGAGGCCGUUCGGCCAGCCCCGCACCAAGAGAUUGCUCGAGUCGGUAGUUUUGGAUAGCGGGAUUAAAGACGAAAUUUUGCUGGACGUGAAGGACUUUUUGAGCAGUGGCGAGUGGUACCACAAGCGCGGGAUUCCCUACAGACGUGGCUACCUCUUGUACGGGCCGCCAGGGUCCGGGAAGACCAGUUUUAUCCAGGCCUUAGCCGGUGAUUUGGACUACAACAUUUGCAUUUUAAACCUUUCCGAGUCGAAUUUGACGGAUGAUAGACUUAACCACUUGAUGAACAACAUCCCUGAAAGAUCAAUUUUGUUGUUGGAGGACAUCGAUGCCGCGUUCAAUAAGCGAGACCAGACAGAGGAAAAGGGCUACACCGCGGGCGUCACGUUUUCCGGCUUGCUCAAUGCGUUGGACGGGGUUGCCUCUGCCGAGGAGUGUAUCACAUUUAUGACCACGAACCACCCAGAAAAAUUGGACCCAGCGUUGUUAAGACCCGGCCGCAUUGACUUUAAGAAACUUAUAAACAACGCCUCACAGUUCCAGGUGAAGCAAAUGUUUUUGCGGUUUUAUGAGAAUGAGAACGAAUUGUGCGAAGAGUUCAUCAACAAGUUUGCACGCUUGGGGUUGAACGCGAGUAAUGUGAGCACUGCGCAGUUGCAGGGGUUGUUUGUAUACAACAAGAGAGAUCCGAAGAGUGCGAUUGAAAUGGUGGAGACAUUAAAGAACCCGAACACGCAUCAGUUCUAG